AUGUUACAGUCAGUACACCAUGAAAAAUACAAACUAGGCCUUGUUUCCGGUGGAAAAGUUGUGUUUCCACGGGCAAGCAACAGAUCGUGCAGUUCAAAGACUGUAACGCUGCUAACACACGACCAGAGCGGGAUAAUUGUGCCAUUUAACAACCAGCUGAAAAUAUACUCUUUGGAAACCCGUCAGUGUGCAAAGACGCUGAAAUAUGCGAACAACAAGCAGCUGGCAGAUACAUUUCUCGGCGCAAGAUCGGCUCAUGUGAGCCAUCUAGCGCUGGGGGACGUUACAAAACAAACCGAGAGUAGUGCAGAAAGUGAAGAGCAUGAGAUCAGUGUAUUUUCAAGUCUGGGAACCGUGAUAGUGGUCAAUUACAAAGGACGUCUUGCAGAAGAAGCAAAGGUGGUGGAAUUAGGAAACGAUUUUGCACAAGAUGAGAGUGUCAUAAAGGUGUUUCAAUCGAACCAAGGAGGUGCUUUGAGGGUGCUGACUUCAGAGCAGGAAUCAUCCGCAGCUUUCACAUACAAACUUUACGAGUAUAAUUGCCUAGAACAAAAGCUGGCCGAGCGUCAGAAAGUCGAGCAUGUCUUGCUCACUGCAUGGUCUUCAAACGGCCAAUACCUGUGUGCACUGAAGAAAGAUCAAAACAGCAAAAAGGAGCUGCAUCUUUGGUCGGUUUUUUCGGAUAAUCUAGAGGAAAUCCAAAAGUUUCCGCUACCCACAACGUCCAACUCACCCACAGCGUCGCCAAAUUCUCACUUUGUGACGGUCAUGGCUCUGGACAACGACUGCUCGCAACUGGCUGUGGGUUUUGCCUCGGGGGUGAUUAACGUGAUCAACCUUCAAGAUCGCUCGUCUCGCCUGCUGAAAUGGCACGUCGAUUCCGUUCUUUCCUUGUGCUUUACUUCAGAUGGAUCAUACCUACUCUCCGGUGGCUGGGAAAAAGUGUUGAGUUUUUGGCAACUAUCCACAAAUUUGCAGCAAUUUCUGCCCCGAUUGAGUGGCGUUGUAGUGGACUGCGACAUUGUCACCGAAAAGUAUUACAGUUUGGGUCUGCAAAUCACCGAAAAUCAAACGAGCACCGACUAUCAGCUGCUGAUAUUGAAUACAACAGAUCUAAAUUCGAGAGUAUCUGUAAGUGGCCCUCUUUGUGUCUUUCAAACAGCUCUAAAGGACGUGGUUUUCCCAAUGUCUGCCGUUUCCUCCAAGUCGUCUACGUCAUCCACGGAUUUGGGCAAAUUACCCAAGAAACAGCAACGGAAGCUGAAGCGUAAAAGACAGGACUACAGCUCCAUUCUGGAAAUCCAACCCAAUACUAAGCAUUUGUACUUCCCUCAUAUUUCGGCGAUUCAAGGAUACGAUUUCUACAAGAACGAACAAGUUUCAUAUCAGUAUCUGUCGUCUGGCGUCAACAAUGCUAUGGGUAAGGUAAGGGCUGAAUUGAACCUGAAAGAACCAUGUAUCUCCAAUGUUAAGUUCACCAAGGAUGGGAACUGGAUGAUCUCUUACGAGGUCGAGUUUUCUCCUGACAAUCUGCUAUCAUCAAAUGACGUGCAGCAUGUUCUUAAGUUUUGGAGAUGGUCUGAAACCGGCGACUGGGUUUUGGAAACGAAGGUGCUUGGCCCUCAUGGCGCAAAUGCGCCUGUCACAAGCAUAUUGGUCGCACCCAGGUCUAUUGACGGCUCACAUGGAUGUUUGACCGCGGACAACAACGGUGGUAUCAAGUACUGGUCUUAUAGCGAGAGCGCGUCGAAUUGGCAAUUAUCGAAAUUCGCCCCACCAAACAACAAUCAUUUCAGUAAUUCUGUCGAACUGGCUUGGUCUUUCGAUGGAAGUCUGAUAUUUCAUGCAUUUGACGACAAAGUCACCGUUUUGGACUUCAACAGCUUCGAAAAGUUCAAAAAGUUUUCGGAGGACGCAUUUAACGAGUUCACUAUGGAUUCUUCAGUUCAAUCGAUAAUGCUAGUGAACGAUUCUAAUCUAAUAGUUGCUACUCAAACAACUUUGAACUCGGUCAAUCUACUUCUCGGGCAGGUCGAAGCAACAUUCGACCUUUUCCCAUAUGUCAACGGAGUCUACAAAAAUGGUCAUCUGGCAAGACUGAUGAGCUGUGACGAAAACAAUGGCCGUGUAGCGUUGGUUGUCAAUCAACAGAACAAGGACUCAGGCAAAUCAGCCGCUUCGGAUCAUAGUUCUCGGGUUUUUGUUUUCAACGCUGAUCUAACUCAGAAGCUCGGCUCCUUUCAACACAAUGAAUACAUUUCGUGUAUUAGGUGGAACCAUGACACGGACUUUAUAUUUCUGGACAUCAAAAAUAGACUCGGAGUCGUUAGUACAACCACAAGUGCAGAAAUGUUCGAAGAGGUGGAUAAAGAUGCAGUCAUGGAUCUUCUGGACCCAACCAGAUUCGAAGUCGAGUUGAAAAAAUUGAGCAGCGGCAACAAGAACGUCGCAAAUGGCAAUGGUGGCCACGAAGCUGAAGAGGAAGAGGAAGAGGAGGCCAAUCUUGAUUUCAUCAACGGCGAAAAGUCACAGAAGCUUCUCAAUAUGAACAGCUUCACCAGCAUGUUCGAGAAUUUGGGAAAUGUGCAAAUGGACACCCUUUUUGAUAGAGUAUUGAAAGUGAUUUCAUAG